AUGGAAUACUCUUACAAUCAACACAAGUUACAAAAGAUAAAAGUAUGGAACUAUAAACCAAAUCAAACUACUUAUAUAUAUAUACAUGGUGGUGCUUGGAGAGAUCCAAAUUGGACUUAUGAUCAAUUAGAACCAGUUGUUAGAAAUGAUAAUUUUACAUAUAUUGGUAUUAAUUAUAGAUUAUCGCCUGACGUUAAACAUCCAGAUCAUUUAAUUGAUAUCUUACAAGCUUUACAAUAUAUUAAACAAAAUUUUGAAGUUGGUGAUUUACAUAUUCUUGGUUAUUCAUGUGGUGCUACUUUAAUUUUACAAUUAUUAAAUUUUGAAGAAAUUAUUGAAAUGGGAUUACAAGCUUUUGGAUUGAGUAAAACAAGUUUACCUGAUUUAUGCAAUUUAAUUCCAUUUAUUUAUAAAAAUAUUAAAUUUAAAAGUUUAAGAUUUUUAGAUGGUAUUUAUGAUCCAUUAGAAUUAAUAGAAGAAUAUCCAGAUUAUUCAUCAUUUAUAGAAGCUGCAUUUGUUAAAACUGUGGUGUUACCAAAUAGAGAAGCUACAAUAUCGUCUAUACAACAAUCGACUCAAUUAUGCGGUAAUUUCAAUGAUAUACCAUUUUCGUUAGUUGAUAAAGAUACAAAAUUUAUAAUUGUUCAAUCUUUAGAAGAUGAUUUAUUGACUAUGUCACAAACUAAAUGUCUAAUUGAGUACUUCACAAAUAAAAAGCAACCAUUAUCUUUGAACACUGGUUUAUAUGGUAAACAUAAUGAUCUAUAUGGUGAAAAAAGAAGGAAAUUAUUUAUUGAAUAA